GUGGUUGAGUGGGAGGGAGAGAGAUCAGAGCAGCAAGAGAGAUCCCUGAUCGUGAGGUGAGGGGGAGGGGAGCGCAAGGCGCCAGCAGGUUGCCUAUUGUCUGAUGCCUAGCUGUUUCUUUAGCCCUGUUAGUCUUGCUCUUAUGCUGGCUUGGUCUUCCACGGUCAAUUGUGCUCCCAGCUCCCUCUCUGUUUCCGCCUUGCUUCCCCGAGCCUCGCACUUGUCAGUACAGGUUACCAUAGAUUUUAGCAACUUAGGCGCUUACUGCCAAUAAGCUCUUUAUUACAAAUAGCACCUCCUUGCGCCUUCCAAGCAAUGCUACUUACUCCACACUCCAGUACCUCCUAAUCUCUCUCAAACUAUGGACGCCGACUUAGCUCCAGAAAGACUGAUCAUUCCCGACGGGGACGACGUAUACUACCCUCCAGCCGUCGUACAGUGCUUUCCAUGGCGAUCGCCCUACCCAAUUUCCAGCGGCUCUCGUUACAGUCCGCGCGAUAAUUCCUCAGGCAUUCGCGACAGCUCCCCAAGUCCCCGUCGCGAGAGCUCGUCAGGCCCUCGUUCCGGUUUUCACCCGCCGAGCCCCCGUCUCGUGCCGUCUUGCCUGAACCCUCCGCGGGUGUUUUCGCACGGCGCAAGCGCCGGCGCGACGCAGUUCAAUCGCGUGCUCGAGGUUCUGGUCUGGCAGCGAUGGACUCGUCGCAGGGCGACGGGCGACUCUGUCGCAGAGCUGGGCAAGCGACACGCCGACGGUUUAGCGGAGACGGUCGAAACGACGACGACGACCACGACGACGACCCGGCGUGCGAUGGGCGGCAAUGUCGCCGGCGCUGGCGCUGGGAGAAGGCGAAUGGCUGGUCGUGGCGAGUUCAACAGGCAGGAUAGCAGCGCGAGCACGAGCACUAGUGCGAGCACGAGCACUAGUGCGAGCACGAGAACGGGAGCGAGCAGCGGAGCCAGCAGCAGCAGCGCCAGCGGCACUAGCAACACACCGAGCAUGCAGCUGAGUAACUGUCAGGAUUAUAACCAUCAGAGUUCAAGUCAACAUUUGAAUCAGCAACACCGUCAGCACCAACUUCACCACCCGUCUGCAGUCUCGGCCACCUCGUUGAGGGAUUUCAAAUUCAAGGCGACCCCUCGCGUGUCGAAUCAUGAAACGGUGACAUGCGAGCGCGUUGUGCGUGUAGUGACUCGAGCGGAAAAUGCAGCAGCAGCAGCAGCAGCAGCAGCAACAGCAGAAGCUGCAGCAGCGCCUGCUCAGUUACCCGUGAAUUCGACCGCCUCGAUGCACGUGCCCCCCCCAACGGCCGCCUCUCCCCCUCCCAGUUUCCUCUGCCUCUUAGAAAAGAGGCAACCCUGGCAGAGCAAGCAAUCGCUGCCGGCAGCAGUGCUACAGCAGCGGAAAGUACUACCGACUAUAGCUGUGCUACAGCCUGCCGGCCCGCUACAUGCGCCGGCCCGCGCGCUGGCGGAGGUGGGGGCGCAUGUGCAAUCGGCGGAAGGGCUGGGGGAGCGCGCGGAACUGGCGGAGGGGCAGUUGGACCUGGCGGAGCUCCAGGCGCGCGUGGUGGGGUCGCAGCUGCAGCUGCUGCGCGGAAUGCUGGCGGAGCGGGAGGAGCAGGUCCGCGCGGUGAUGGCGGACCUGGCGGGCAUGCGCACGCGGGUGGUCCGCGCGCGGAGCGUGGCGGAGCAGUCCCCGCGCGGAAUUAGCAGAAGCCGCAGCGCCGCGCAUGGCAGAUGCACCGGCGGGUGCGGUGAUGCGGGGGAAACGGGAGCCGCGGAGGACGAAGUCGCAGCGGGAGGAUCAGCGAACGUGGGAAAUCAAGGCGCGCGCAACGAUCAGGCUCUAGGAACGCGGAAUGGCCCCACAGGUAGGCGGAGCUCUCUCUCCGUUCCUGCGAGUAUGGCGACCAGCAGACGGGCCAGCACGGACCGGCGGCCGGCGGAGAACUGCCACGUGUCUCACCUACAGAGGAAGCUGGAGAGCGAAGCUGAAGUGGGGAGGAAGGAGAGUGUGGAGGGGAGCGGCGAGGGGAGCGCGGGAAUGAGAGUGCGCGGAGAGCAGCUGCACCCUUCCUUUAAUGAGGCGCCUGUGUGUUUGGAGGCAUGUGCUGAUGGCGCUUGUAUAGAGGCCGCGGCGGAGUUGCAGCAAGUGGAGAUGUCUGUAGCGAGUACGGAGGCCUGGCUGUGGGAGGUUGAGGCAGCAGCAGCAGAGGCGCGGGACGUGCUCCUCCAGGCAGAGGAAGAAGCGGCAGCAGCAGCGGCAGCCGCUGUGGGAGGGGUGGGAGGACCGGAGGGAGCACGGGGGAGAGGGGAGAAUGGCCGGGCGAUACAUUCUGCAGGGUUUCAACAUGAGAUGGCUCUUACAGAAAGUGCUUUUACCGAGGAGCUCUAUAGGCGGUUGGCGAGGCUCCAGGCGGAUUUGAUCGAGGCGGGAGAGGGUGAGAGAGUACUGCUGGGAAUUCUGCAGGGGGUGGAUGAAUCGACUCGGCCGAAUGGCUGUAAAGGGACUGUAGCGGGUAGUCUUGUAACGGGGAUGGGUAAGGAGAAUGAUGGGGACGGAGGGGAUGGUGGGGAGGGGGUAAAGGAGCAGAAGGGACUGAGUUUCUGGGAUAGAAUCCAUGGAGAUGAGAUCCUCAAGGGAGGCCUAGAGGAGCCCAAAAAGGGCAGGCAGGGGAGACAGACUCAUCAACAAGCAUUUGAGAAUCGGGACUGGGAUUACAGAGAUUUGUGGAGUGCUGCCAGGGAUUCGUAUGUCGCGGAUUGUGGGCCAGCUCUGAGAAAAGAAGGGGCAGGUGACGGCAGUGACCAAGGGAGUGAAGCAGGUUUGUAUGGGGUGAAGCCACCUCUUGUGCAGUUGCAGCAGCAGCAGCAGCAGCAGCAGCAGAGGAAGCGUAUUUGGCACGCAGGGAUGCAUGUGGAUGGUGAGGAGGAGGAUUCUGAGGAGGCGCUGAUUCUGCAGCAGGCGAUGGAGUACCUGAGGAAGCAAGUGCAAACGCUCGCUUGCUGAAUGGACGCAGGAGCUUCUGGGUGCAGAAUCGGCGAUGGAGUGCCUUAAGAAACAAGUGUCAUGAAGUGACACACCCAACCACAGGAGGGUUAUGAGAAGGCACUGAGUCUGCAGCAGGCGAUGGAGUAUUUGAAAAAGCAAGUGCAAACUAUCACUUGCUAGUUGGCUGAAAGAAUGCAGGCAGAUUUGCAGCUUGCAUCACCAAAAGCUGAAGGGGAUCAAAAGCUUACCACAUGCCAGGUGACUAGUCCCUAGUUUCUGAUUAUUUUGCCGAGCAGUGGCACUGCCACCCAUUGCUCUCUGACCAUGGCUAACUAGGCCUCUUGCAAAUUAUGGGCCAUAGUGUAAGUUCACUAUACAGUUCGGGAUAUACAGGCAUUUUGACUGUAAGAAAGGACAGUGAGGUUA